CGGCGGCCAACCUCGGCGCUGAAUGGGCGGGUGGCGUCCUGCUCCGUCCCGCCCGCCGCCGGCCCCCCAUCGGCUGCUCCCGGCGCGCCCGGGUCGCCGCCUGAGCCCGCCGGGCUGUGAAUGAAAAGCAGGCGCGGCCGUGGACUAGCUGCCAGCGACGCGACGACGCCGGCCUCCCGGGAGGCGCGCUCCCCGCGGAGAUGUACGGUGUGUGCGGCUGCUGUGGCGCCCUUCGUCCCAGGUACAAGAGGCUGGUGGACAAUAUCUUCCCUGAAGAUCCUGAGGAUGGUCUGGUGAAAACCAACAUGGAGAAGCUGACCUUCUAUGCCCUCUCAGCUCCAGAGAAGCUGGAUCGCAUCGGUGCCUACCUCUCCGAGAGGCUCAUCCGAGACGUGGGGCGCCAUCGCUAUGGGUACGUGUGUAUCGCCAUGGAGGCGCUGGACCAGCUGCUCAUGGCGUGCCACUGCCAGAGCAUCAAUCUCUUCGUGGAAAGCUUCCUGAAGAUGGUGGCUAAGCUGCUGGAGUCGGAGAAGCCCAACCUGCAGAUCCUCGGCACCAACUCGUUUGUGAAGUUCGCCAACAUUGAAGAGGACACCCCAUCUUAUCAUCGGAGCUAUGAUUUCUUUGUGUCCCGAUUUAGUGAAAUGUGCCACUCAAGCCAUGACGACUUGGAAAUCAAGACUAAAAUCCGAAUGUCGGGCAUCAAAGGCCUGCAAGGGGUUGUGAGGAAGACGGUGAAUGACGAGCUACAGGCCAACAUCUGGGACCCACAGCACAUGGACAAGAUCGUGCCGUCGUUGCUCUUCAAUCUGCAGCACGUAGAAGAGGCGGAGAGCCGGUCUCCCUCGCCCCUCCAAGCACCGGAGAAGGAAAAGGAGAACCCAGCAGAGCUGGCUGAGAGGUGCCUGCGGGAGCUGCUGGGCCGGGCAGCCUUUGGCAACAUAAAAAACGCGAUCAAGCCUGUUCUUAUCCACCUGGAUAACCAUUCUCUUUGGGAACCCAAGGUGUUCGCCACUCGUUGCUUCAAAAUCAUCAUGUACUCAAUCCAGCCGCAGCACUCCCACCUGGUUAUCCAGCAGCUCCUGAGCCACCUAGACGCCAACAGCCGCAGCGCGGCGACUGUGCGCGCAGGCAUCGUGGAGGUCCUAUCGGAAGCUGCGGUUAUCGCCGCCACCGGCUCUGUCGGGCCCACGGUGCUGGAGAUGUUCAACACCCUGCUGCGGCAGCUGCGGCUCAGCAUCGACUACGCGCUCACAGGGAGCUACGACGGCGCUGUCAGCCUGGGCACCAAGAUCAUCAAGGAACAUGAGGAGCGCAUGUUCCAGGAGGCGGUCAUCAAGACCAUCGGCUCAUUUGCCAGCACGCUGCCCACCUAUCAGCGCUCGGAGGUGAUCCUCUUCAUCAUGAGCAAAGUCCCCAUACCCUCCCUGCACCACCCAGUGGAGACAGGAAGGACAGGGGAGAAUAGAAACCGGCUGACCCAGAUCAUGCUGCUGAAGUCUCUCCUUCAGGUCUCCACAGGAUUCCAGUGCAGCAACAUGAUGUCAGCCCUGCCUAGCAACUUCCUGGACCGCCUGCUCUCCACCGCCCUCAUGGAGGAUGCCGAAAUCCGCCUCUUCGUUCUAGAGAUUCUCAUCAGCUUCAUUGAUCGCCACGGCAACCGCCACAAAUUCUCUACCAUCAGCACCCUCAGUGACAUCUCGGUCCUGAAGCUGAAAGUGGACAAGUGUUCCCGGCAGGACACUGUCUUCAUGAAGAAGCACUCCCAGCAGCUAUACAGGCACAUCUACCUAAGCUGUAAGGAGGAGACGAACAUCCAGAAGCACUAUGAGGCACUCUACGGCCUGCUGGCACUCAUCAGCAUUGAGCUGGCCAAUGAGGAGGUGAUGGUGGACCUCAUCCGACUGGUGCUGGCCGUUCAGGACGUGGCCCAAGUCAAUGAAGAGAAUCUGCCUGCCUAUAACCGCUGUGCGCUCUAUGCUCUGGGUGCAGCCUACCUGAACCUCAUCAGUCAGCUCACAACGGUGCCUGCCUUCUGCCAGCACAUCCAUGAGGUGAUAGAGACCAGGAAAAAAGAAGCACCAUACAUGCUUCCCGAAGACGUGUUUGUGGAAAGGCCCAGGCUGUCUCAGAAUCUAGAUGGCGUGGUGAUAGAGUUUCUCUUCCGCCAGAGCAAAAUCAGUGAGGUCCUGGGGGGCAGCGGCUACAAUUCGGACAGGCUCUGCCUGCCCUACAUCCCUCAGCUGACAGAUGAAGAUCGUUUGUCCAAGAGGAAGAGCAUUGGAGAGACCAUUUCCCUUCAGGUAGAGGUGGAAUCGAGGAACAGCCCAGAGAAAGAGGAGAGAGUUCCUGCCGAGGAGAUCACCUAUGAGACACUGAAGAAGGCCAUUGUGGACAGUGUGGCAGUUGAGGAACAGGAGCGUGAGCGGCGACGACAGGUGGUAGAGAAAUUCCAGAAGGCGCCCUUCGAGGAGAUUGCAGCUCACUGUGGGGCCCGGGCAUCCCUGCUGCAGAGCAAACUCAACCAGAUCUUUGAAAUCACCAUCCGGCCCCCUCCAAGCCCUUCAGGGACCAUCACUGCAGCAUAUGGCCAGCCACAGAACCAUUCCAUCCCUGUCUAUGAGAUGAAGUUUCCUGACCUGUGCGUGUACUGAAUUCCAAGAGACGGAACUCCUCAGAGGACACCGGGAGGACCACCCUUCUGCCCACUCUCACCGUGUGGAAAUCACACUGGGAGAGCAGAGAAAGUCACCUCAGACAGUGGCUCUCCCCAAGCUGAGCAAAGAUGGAGCCUCUGGUCCUCCGUGGCCCUCCUGCUCACUUCUGGUCUUCUGUGAGGAAGAUCCAGUUUCCUGCCCGCUGGGGCUAAGCAUCUCAUCUGUCUUCCCUUUCGUAUCAGCCAGGGACAGAGAAUCAUGAGGGUGUCUCCCUUGAGAAGCAAGAGGGACCUGGGAAGCUUCCAUUGGGAAUGUGUCCAUGAGGGAGUGUCAGACACCCCCAGGGGAAGGAGCCUGAUGAAGACGUGGAUGGUCUGAGAAAGCCAGAGAUGGUGCUGGGGGAAACUGAGGAAAGCCCCCUCAUCAGAAAGUGACAGUGUGGGAACUGGACGGUGGUGUGUGCCCCCACCUCUUAGUCUUGGGUGUCUGGCUGAGCCUCUACUUUCAGUUGUCUGUUUCUUUUUCCACUAUUAAUGGUUGCUGGGUGCUUACAGAAGAAGCUGGGGUAGAGGGGCUGGCGGGAGAACAGCGGGCUGGGACAGAGAAGGACUGCUUCUUCCCCGGCUGGGUGGCAGCUCUGCAAAGCACAAGUGUGGCAAGUUGCACCUUCUCAGCUCCUCUGUCCCAAGGAAGCUGUGACAGAUCUUCUGCGGUUCUCUCUCUUCUGGAUCUUUCCCGGGUUGUUAAGUGUGUUCCCUGAUACCUUUCUUCCAAAUAUCCCGCCGUGUUUCCACAUCCUCUGGGUUGAGAGACAGCUGAGCAGGCUAGCUGGUCCUAGAUGACUGGAAAGCGGGGAGGAAAUGCCAGGGGCCUUGAGGCCUGUCCACAUCACUUCCCAUGGAAGAUGCUUGCAGCAGGAAUGUGUGUGUGUGUGUGUGUGUGUGUGUGUGUGUGUGUGUGUGAUGGGAUUAAUCGAACAAGUUGCACUUUAGGAUUCAAGGAAAGAGAUUUAACAGCUAGGAUUGAAAUGAUAUUUUUCCCUCUCUGGGCCAAGUCUGAGACAUUGGGAAUAACUGGCCUUGUUUGUGGCCUGGGGAGAGGCAGUAGAAACCUUUGCUUCCUUUUCCCCUAUGGACCACCUACCUGUGUCCAUGUGGCUCAUGUAUUCUGGGAGCACUGACCCAGGACUGAGUGGAUGACCCUUUCCUGAAGCCCUCUGGGUGUCUUCAUACCUCCCAGGAUGCCUCUGGCAGCAUCCCAGGCCUCUUCCAGUGGAGCACCCCCACAGUCCGGGACAGUUCUUUCCCUUCCAAACU